CUGCUGUGUAAGUCCACAGACUGGCUGUGCGAACGUGCGAAUCUCACACCUAAGAACGAUCAGGCUUCCGUCAUUAAUGAGACUUUGUUGAAGUCGUUCGAAGGUGAAGAAUAUCAGUACAAAUCUGUGGACACUGUUGUGCAUACGGAUGAUGCUAUACACUAUCUUGUGGAGUUCCUAAAUACACUCAACCCACCUGGUCUACCGUCUCACACACUUAUCCUCAAAGUGGGAGUUCCAGUACUGCUACUGAGAAAUCUCAAUCCGCCUAAGUUGUGCAGUGGGACCAGGUUGCGUGUGAAAGCCUUACAUAAAAACGUGGUAGAGGCCAUUAUAUUUACUGGCUGUGCUCGAGGUGAAUCGGUGUAUAUACCGCGGAUACCACUUAUACCAACGGAGUACCCAUUCGAGUUUAAAAGAUUGCAAUUCCCCCUUAAGUUCUGUUUCGCAAUGACGAUCAGUAAGUCUCAGGGUCAAUCACUGAAAACAGCAGGAAUUGAUCUUAGGGGGGAUUGCUUCUCGCACGGUCAGUUUUACGUGGCCUGCUCCAGAGUGAGCUCGUCUAACAACUUGAUCGUGUUAGCAUCUGAAGGCACAACCUCUAAUGUAGUAUAUAAUGAAGUACUUUCAGCAUAG